GGUGGCCAGUGUUCUGACACAUUUUUCAGUCAGAACAUCAAUUUUAUUCAGAAGGAAAAAAGAAAGAAAGGUAUUUUAUCAGGGCAUGAGAUCUCAGCCACGUCCGCAUCGAGGCAGGAUGAAAGGAUGAUGUACCACACCAGGCACCCAGGGCUGGCUCAGUCUGUACCUACCGCUCGUUGCUCAAUGAUUUACCUAACUCCUAAUAUCUCCAAGGAAAUAUUUGCAGUGGAAGUCACCAGAAACAAGACCUUGUUUGUUUUGCUCCCCACCAGUUAUUUUGGAUGUCCCAAAUGACAUCAGCUGCCUUUUUUUCCUGCUGAGAAGUUCUAUAUAUGAAGACCUUGGAUCCCGGUGAUCUUCAGAAGACAGGGACAUUGGCUGGAGAGAGAACUUGGUCAGUUAUCAGGACCAAAGAUGUCGGUGUUGUGGACUGUUGUCCUGCUCAACAGCCUGCUGAUCCCUUCACAAGGAUUUAUAAUCCCCUUAUCGGUUGCCAGACCAGAUACAAAUGGUUUUAAAGAUUCAGCAGCCAAAGGUGUUCCCCAGAGAGCUUCAGGUGGUCUCCUUGGUGGCAAUCUGCUUGGUGGUCUCCUUGGCAAGCAUGGAGUUGCUGGAAGUCUCCUUGGCCCAGAUGGUCCUGUAGGCAGUCUCCUUGGCCCAGAUGGUCCUGUAGGCAGUCUCCUUGGCCAAAAUGGUCCUGUAGGCAGUCUCCUUGGCCCAGAUGGUCCUGUGGGCAGUCUCCUUGGCCAAAAUGGUCCUGUAGGCAAUCUCCUUGGCCAAGAUGGUCUCCUUGGUGGCCUCCUUGGAGAAAAUGGUGCUGUUGGAGGUCUCCUUGGUGGAAAUGGUCUCCUUGGUGGAAAUGGUCUCCUAGGUGGUCUCCUUGGCCAAGAUGGUGUAGUUGGUGGUCUCCUUAGCCAAGAUGGCAUCCUCAGUGGUCUCCUUGGCAAAGAUGGUGUUAUUGAUGGUCUCCUUGGCAAAGAUGGCCUUGUCGACACUCUCCUUGACACCGUCCUCGAGCUUCUCAUAGGAAAAAAUGGUCUCCUUGGCAAAAACGGUCUCGUUGGCAGACUCCUUGGUAGAAAUGGUGAAGAACUCAUUGGACUGAGAAUUGUGAACAACACCCUGCCCAAAAUCAGUCUGCGCUCCCUGCCGGGCUUUGGGCACCAGGUGGACUUCAACACACAGCUGCUGGUAGAGAGCAGCGUGCCGGGCCAGCCCCUCUGCCAGCUGGUGGAGGUAGAUGCGACCAUACUGGUGCAGGACACGUGGACACCUCAGCAGAGGGCUCUGAACUGCAAGACUGUUGACAUAAACAUCCAUGUGAGACCCAGAGUGCCAGUUCUGGAAGAGCCUUUGAAUCGCCUGCUCAGCAAUGUCCUGCAGGAUCUGGGCUGCAACAUCAUCAAUGCCAGGCUCAAGGUGUUGAGCUCCCUGCUCGGCUCCAGGAACCAGGUGCUCCCACUCGGGGCUCUGGGGGACCUGCCCUCCUUCUCCAUCCUCAGUGCUGACGCCAUCCAGAUGGAUCUGAACCUCCUCUCUGAGAGUGCCAGGGAUGGCAUGAAGACCCCCGGGCAGGGAGUGCCCCUCACUGCCAGCCUGCAGCUGGGCACCGGCCGCCCUCCGCGCCUCAGCCUCCCCCAGGACACCCUCAGCGCCCUGCUGGAGCAGGCCCAGGGCCAGGCCGCCCUCAACCUCACCAUCACCAGCUUGACGGGCAGCAAUUCCCCCCUGCAAGGCCAGGCUCCCCAGAGCAGCUCGCUGACCGUGUCUGCCCUUUUCCCGUUCAUCCCCCAGCUCAGCCGGGCCCUCCCUGGCUCCCUGCCCCUGGAGCUGCGUGUCCGAGUAAGCAAGGAGCCAGUGGUGACUGUGAGGGAUGGAAGAGCCACUGUCACCCUCAAAGCCACUAUUGAUGUCGCCAGCCCUGCCCUGCAGAACCCCCAGGGGCUCCUGUUCUCCGUUGAUGCGGACAUCGUUCUGAGCAUCACCCCAUCAGUCUCUGAUGGCAAACUGCAAACCUCCGUGGCUCUUGACAGCAUCAACCUGACACGGCUCCCCGCCAGCCUUGACGCUCCCAGUGCCUCCUUGCUGGCAGAAUGGCUCAAGAAGGUCCUCACAGCUGUAUAUGUACCUUCUGUUGAAGAUGCUUUGCGUGUGUCGAUCCCACUGCCCAACGUCCUCAACACCAGCCUCAGGAAUGCUGAAGUCGACAUCACUGAUGUGGACGAGUUUUCUGGCCAGAACACUCUAGAAAAAUCCUGCUCGAGAGGAACCUCCAUGUUGUUCCCUUUCUGAGGCAGCACAUGCCCCCCAGUCCUGCUCUGCCCCACUCUCUCCCGGUUCCUUUCUCUCUAGUGCUGCUCUGUGCUGUGCUGUGGCCUGAGCAGGAGUGGCAGCAGCCUCUGGCCAGCAUCAUGUGGGAAAGCUGCUUGGCUGGUGGAUGUUUGGGGGCUCCUGUGGCCACUUUUAAGAUCCAUAGCCAGGAGGCAGAGCUCUUAGGCACAAAGGCUGCUCUCCUAUUGCUCCUUAAA